AUGGACCCAAGAAAUUUCUUCUCAAAUUCUCCAAAUAUGAUGAACUCUCAAAAUUAUUCUCAAGAUUAUUAUCCUAAUCUUGAUAAUAUUCAUAUCCAAGAUUUUGAAAACAAUUCCAACCCCCAGUUUCCAAAUAAUCUCACUCAUGAAAAUGUCCAACCUACAGACACAAACAAUUCAGGUGGUCCAAAAGGAUGGACAGAUCAAGAAGACUUGGCGCUAAUGUAUGCUUGGUGUAACGCUAGCUCGAAUCCAAUUGUUGGCACUAAUCAAAAUGGUGGUACGUUUUGGGGACAAAUUUCAGAAAUGUAUGAAGAAGCUCGAGCCGACCACUCCCGGUUAAUGGGCGAAAAAAGAAGCAUUGAAUCGCUGAGAAAUCGUUACAAGAGGCUGAAUACAAACGUAACCAAGUGGGUGGCUGUCUACAAAGAAGCAUAUGAUCGAAAAAGUAGUGGCAUGUCUGAUGCAGACGUUGAGAAGGAAGCUCAAAAACUUUAUGGGAAAAGUAAGUUUACACACCUAGAGGUUUUUGAAAAAGUCAUGCAUCAUCAUCCAAAGUGGGAACUGAAAUUGGGUGUUGUACGUCAUCGUACUCGUGCAGUUGAGUAUGAUGAUGAUGUUGGUGUUGAAGAUGAUCGUGGCAGCUCAAAAAAAUCUAGAACCACCGAAGAACCUGAAGAUCCAAACGACUCCACCUCAGAAACUCAUGUUAGUGAAACUUCAACAAUUCGUCGCCCUGCAGGUAGAGAAAAGGCGAAAGCAAAAAGGAAAGGAAAAGCCACUGUGUCACAACAUUCAGCUAUCCCUGAUGAAUACACUGCCGAACUUCAAGCAAUGAGAAUCACACGUGAGAAAGAAGUGGAAGCAAUUAAUAGGAUGGGUGAUAUGAGGAUGCAAUCAAAUUUGAUGGUGUCAAAAAUGAAUAUACUCAACACUUUGAUGGGUAAAAGCAACUUGUCUCCUGAAGAAGAAUCUCUAAAAUAUCGUCUUAUGGCAGAACUGUUCCCAUGA